GUGGCCGGUUGCGUGGCGUCGCGGCUGCAGUCAGUGCUGGGCCGCGCUGCGGGACGCACUGAGUUUCUCUUGCUCCCUCGAGUUCGGCUGACUCACUUGGACCUACUACUGACACACUUACUCUCUCUCGUAGCUUUCGGUCGACUCUCCCUACCAAUAUUAUGUUCUAGUUACCUAUAGUUGCUUGCUUUCAUCGCUGAGCGUGUGUUAUUGACGACCUCGCAUGAGUGUUACUGACCAAACCAACCACUUGACUUACAACUUACUACUUGAAACGAUGCCUGUUACGUGAACUUGUCGGAAAUAUACCAGAGUGUUUCCGAGAGGAUAUUUAGCUGUUACCAAGAGACGAGUGUCCAUCAGGAAGACUGUUGGACUUACUUUGACCACCUGUCACUGAGACCAGCCACAGAGGAGUCCUGGAGUAAACUCCGCACCCACCUCGCCUCGCUACCCGAGGGACGCCACCCUAGGAUGUCAGAGGGUCUUCUGCCUUGAGUUUGAGAUCAUCCUAAAUAAAGAUGCUGUUGUCGACGUGUAUGGUGGUGGUGGUGAUGGCGGUGACGACGGCGCAGGCGGAGGCGGCGGCGGCGGCGACGUCAGCGGCCGAGUCUGUGAUGGAGCGGCAGAUGGAGUCACAGGCGGUGGAGGCGAGAGGGAACCCCGGAGGCACGCCCUCUGUCAAUGCCAAGCGCCUCACCAGACGGAGGAGAAGCCUCGACUUUGACGGCUGGUUCCCCAUGGACGUGAGCAACCCUAUGGCCGAUGACCCCACCGUGGCCUACCAGCCGCCGCCCCUGGAGAGAGUUCACUUCAGUAACGAGCCCAUGAAGGAGAAGCCGCUGUACCCAGUCAGACCGGAGAACCCAACAGUGUUUGUGGUGCGGUCAGAGAAGCAGAAGCCGGAGUACCAUUCAGUGUACGGCACCGAGAACAUCGAGUACUACCACAUCAACCCGCAGAGCAACAUCGUGCGGGCCUUCCGUUCGCCUUCCUUCACCAUCGGCGAGGCCACCUUAGUGCCUGAGCAGACGGAGGCCACCACCACGUCCUCCACCACCUCCACCACCACGUCCACCACCACUGACUCCACUGCCAAGGCUGUGGAGGAAUCUUCGAGUGUCCCAGAAACCAAUCUGGAAAUUCCCCAGAAAGAAGAAGGAUUUUCCGAUAGAUCUGAUGUCUUCUACGAAGAUACCGAGCUCUCUGAUGGUGAAGCAUCCCCGGACGAGAAACCAGGCUGUGAAACUGAGACUGAGAGUGAUCUGGAAGGCGCCUUUUCAGAGACUCGGACAUCUGUGAUAUUGCCACCUGAGCUCUUCUACCUCCUUCGUGAAAGGAGUAAAAAAUUGCAGGAAAGAAUGAUCGCUCAACUCCCUCAGCAGACGCCUGCCCCUCCCCCUGCCAGAAGGCGCUUCGACAACACGGCCACUAUCAGGACCGGGCCCGCCCUUCAUGAACUGCUCGGCAACCUUCCUCGAGAAUCACAGAUAGAGGAGUCUCCCUACCUAGGCUCUGCCACAGACUCUGCUGGCGUUCGGAAAAUUCCCCCUCCUAAUUUCCGGUACGCCUCCCUGCGCACCUCCGCCUCCCGUCAGUCCCCAGUCACCUCGCGCACCAGGGUGAGAGGAAGCUCCACCAGGAAGCCAGCGUCGUCCGGGCGCCCGUGGUAUCUUAUCGACACGAGAUCGUCUGACUCGAGCAGAAGACGCGAGCCAUCGAUUGCAUCCUACAUCGUCCCUGACACUCUGUCCGGCGACAGCAAGGUUAACUACAAACCCAACGGUCCUGUCUCCUACGUCAACAAGCAGAUUACGACGAUAACUGAUCUGAUUGACAAUCCUCACCUCAACGACCACAUGAACUCCUACAAGCCCACGCUGACAGCAAACAGCCUCUCGGAGUUGCUGCAGAUUUUCCGGUACACGCAGGUGACGAACGGGCCCGGCGGGUCGAGCACUGAGGAACCGGUGACCGUGCGGGAGUUCAGGUACACGCGGCCCACAGAGGAGACCCCAACCACCGAGAUCUUGCCAACUAACUACAGGUACACUCCCUCUCCGUCUAAAUUUAGCGACCCAACCACGGAGCCCGGGAUCACUGAGAGACCCCCGGCCGUGUACUCAGAUGCAGUGGCCGACACUAACUCCCUGGAUGGGUAUCUCUUCUCAGACUCAGAGGCUAAUCCUGAGUACGCCCGCCCUCAGGUUCGUCAGAAUGCCGUUGUGAAAGAGGAUAAGGACGCAGACAGGGAAAAGGGAGCUGCCAGAGGAACUUCCAAAGUAAAAAUCAACUCCAACUUGGUCCAGAGAGCAACCGCAACGUCCACACCAGCGCCGAGGGAACUCCGUGUGAUACGCCCCGGCCCCGCUCCUUCAAGCAAAAUCACGACUGUCUCCCCGCAGUACGUAAUUUACCAAGGACACUCUAAAGUCAAGGUGUUUGGAGUGAACUCAGCCGAGGAUAACGGCUGGAGCAAAUUCGAUAUACGUGACUUCAUUUUGGCCUCCACACCAAGCUCUUCCUCUACCACUACCACACCGGCUCCUCGUCCCUCCUCCACUCCCUCUCUUCCCACAGCAACCACCACUUUUGCUCCCACCUCACCCAGUCCUUCUCCUCUUCCCAGCACCAAUGCAACACUUCCUAGCACCUCAUCCUCUCCAGUAGAGCAAAGCACCUCUCUUCCCAUCACUGACACCACACCCUUGGACACCACCGAGGCCACGCUCCCCUCGGGUGUCGGCGAGGAGUACGAGUACUAUUACGCAGACGGGGAUUACGGGGUUACUGAUCUUGCCUUCGGGGAUUAUCAGACGGAGGAUUUUGGACAGCACCUGAUUUACGUGUCCGGCCAGCUGCCUCCCCCUCCCGGUGUGGUACACCUGGCUCACCCUCCUCCCCUGACACCCACCGAGGAAAGGCAAGGUAGCACUGAUCACUCCAUGAAGGACCCGCUGGAGGGCAGCUUCCCUCAGGCCCUGUCUCCCGCCACGGCCUUGACGCAGGCGGAGUUGCUGGACAUUUUCGCCAACCAGCAGCCAGAGGACAGUCAAUUUUCACACCCGACCUGGCCAGCCACGGAGGCAGCCACCGACCAGCCAGCGGAGGACGACGCUGCUGAGAAUAAUGGCGGCGCGUGAUCUCCCCAGGUCCAUUAUGUCUCGCCUCGUGGACUUUAAUUGUAUAUCGGUAAAUGAAAGUCUGACGAUUUUCAAUACUUAUAGUCAAAUUAUUUUAAAAUCCGUUAUUCAUUCAUAUUAUUAACCGACAUCAAUCAAAACUACUGAGAAGAGUCCUCAUCCUCCAAGCAGCACCGCCUCGCACAGCCGGGCAGCGCCCCAGCCUGGCCACGCGCGCCCCGCCCCUGUGUGUGUGUGUGUGUGUGUGUGUGAGAGAGAGAGAGAGAGAGAGAGAGAGAGAGAACAGUGCGCUGUAAGGAUAAUUGUGUUACUGACAGUCUAGUGAAUCGUUAGUUUCUAAGUAUUUGAAUAGCUGGCGCCGAGUGUCCGUGGCGACGAGGCGCGAGGCUCCCUGGUGGGAGGACAAUACAGACAUUCAUAUUACUUCCAAUUAUAAAUGUUUUGUUGACUAAGGCUAGGGAAUCCUGAGGAAAUUUGUUGCGAGGAAAGUUGUUCCGUCCUGCUCAGCCAGUGGCGGUAGAACAUUUGUCACUCCAAAUUAAAGAAAAUAUUUGUUUACAUAAUUAACUAUGAAAGUGGAGAGCUUUUUUUUCUCGAUUACAAUAAAACCAAAACAAAACAAAAAUUACUGAAACAGUAAAAAACUUGCGGUCGAUGAUCAUGAGUACUGAACUAAUUGACGGAUCUGGAUAAACUUAUUUUCCUUGCACAGCCUGGCUCUUGGUAACGAGUCUGCAAACCAAAAAAGUCGUUCCUUAUUCAAUAAUUAUUAGAAUAAAAAAAAAACUAAAGCAGUCCUUCCUUGGUGUCUGAGCCUGGCCCCCCAUCUCCGCCACGCCGCCACACCGCCGCAGGGUCCGAGGGCUGCCUGGUGAAGUGUUGCGCCAGUUCUAGGCGACAACAUUGCCAGGAAGGGAAUCUGCCACGACUCUCGUCACGGAAUGGCGACACCACAGUGUUUCCUUUGUACAGUUUGUAUAUAAUACAGAUAUUAUAUUUUAUUAUUAUAAUAGUCGUAAGUUUUCUUUAAUACUAAAAUGCUAUAUUAAUUUUAUUUCUCUAGUUUAUGCUUAAAAUAUUUUUCGAUGAUAUUUUUGUCAUUAUAAUAUUGAUAUCGAUCCGAUUGUAGAAAUACAUUAACUGUAAAACUGUUGUACAAAUAAACCAUCCCAGUGUCUUGA